ACAGGUUGAGAACCGCUGGCCUAUAUGGUAGCGAUGCUCCUAACAAUGGACCCGCAGAACCAGCCGGCCUCUGGGUGAAGAUAACGGCACUAACAUCCAUGACCUCAAGAAAAAAAUGAGCAGUUUGCAUGGCAACCCCUCCCUUCCGGCCUCGAGGGGGCGGUAGGAAACCUCCGCACGUGGAUCCACACGAUUCCCACACCGCGCGUCCAUCCGGGCAACUGGCCAGUCGGCCCAGACUACGCAGGCGCCAGGGCUGCGGCGGCUGGGGGCGGGACCCCGGUUUCCCUAGAGACCGGGCGGAAGCGGCCGGAAGCUGCGCUACGAUUGGCCGCCGCGGGAGGGAGAGCUGGGGGCGGGGCCCGAGGCGGAAGGCGCCCGCGACGAGGAAGAGGACGCGGCUCCGGCCAUGGAAGGCGCGGAGGCGGGGGUGUCGGUCGGCUCGCCGGUUCAUGAUAGGGCGGUGCCAGCAGGAAGUCCUUCCUCCAGAGUCAUAGUACACGUGGACCUGGACUGCUUUUAUGCACAAGUAGAAAUGAUCUCAAAUCCGGAACUAAAGGGCAAACCCUUAGGUGUUCAGCAGAAAUAUUUGGUGGUUACCUGCAACUAUGAAGCUAGGGAACUUGGAGUAAAGAAACUUAUGAAUGUAAGAGAUGCAAAAGAAAAGUGUCCACAGCUGGUGUUAGUUAAUGGAGAAGACUUGACGCGUUACAGAGAGAUAUCAUACAAGGUUACAGAGUUGUUGGAAGAAUUUAGUCCAGUUGUUGAGAGACUUGGAUUUGAUGAAAAUUUUGUGGAUCUAUCAGAAAUGGUUGAGAAGAGACUACAGCAGCUUCCAAGUGAUGACCUUUCAGCGCUGACUGUGUCGGGUCAUGUAUACAAUAAUCAGUCUAUAAACCUGCAUGACGUCUUGCACAUCAAACUACUUGUUGGAUCUCAGAUUGCGGCAGAGAUGCGGGAAGCCAUGUACAAUCAGCUGGGUCUCACUGGCUGUGCUGGAGUAGCUUCCAAUAAAUUACUGGCAAAAUUAGUUUCUGGCAUCUUUAAACCAAAUCAACAAACAGUCUUACUACCUGAAAGUUCUCAAGAUCUCAUUCAUAGUUUGAAACACAUAAAGGAAAUGCCUGGUAUUGGCUAUAAAACUGCCAAACGCCUGGAAGCACUGGGUAUCAGUAGUGUGCAUGAUCUUCAGACCUUUUCAUCCAAAAUAUUAGAAAAGGAAUUAGGAAUUUCCAUUGCUCAGCGUAUCCAGAAGCUCAGUUUUGGAGAAGAUAACUCUCCUGUAACACCCUCAGGACCACCUCAGUCCUUUAGUGAAGAAGAUUCACUUAAAAAAUGUUCAUCAGAAGUUGAAGCUAAAAGUAAGAUCCGAGAGUUACUUGCUAGUCUUUUGAAGAGAGUAUGCCAAGAUGGAAGGAAGCCACAUACAAUAAGAUUAAUAAUCCGUCGGUAUUCAUCUGAGAAGCACUGUAGCCGUGAGAGUCGUCAGUGCUCUAUUCCAUCCCACAUAAUUCAGAAGUUAGGGACAGGAAGUUAUGAUGUGAUGACGCCAAUGCUUGACAUACUUAUGAAACUUUUUCGAAGCAUGGUGAAUGUGAAGAUGCCAUUUCAUCUUACCCUUUUAAGUGUGUGCUUCUGCAACCUUAAAUCACUAAAUACUACUAAGAAAGGGACUAUUGAUUAUUAUUUAACACCAUCAUUAUCAACAACUUCAUGCUCUGGCAAGCGCAGUUUUAAAAUGAAAGAUACUCAAAUGGAGGAUUUUUCGAAAGACAAAAAAACAAAUUGGGAUUUUCUACCAACUGGAAGAAUUGAAAGUCCAAGAACUGGGGAGUCUCCACUAAGUUUUUCUAAAGAUCAAAACAGUGAUGAUUUCCCACUCUGCUCACUUCCUGAGGGUAUUGACCAAGAAGUCUUUAAACAGCUUCCAGUACAUAUUCAAGAAGAAAUCCUGUCUGGAAAAUCUAGAGAAAAAGUUCAAGGGAAAGGAAGUUUGAGUUCUCCAUUACAGGCCUCUAGAGGAAUAUUAUCUUUCUUUUCUACAAAACAAAUGCAAGAUAGUCCCUUAAAUCCUAGAGAUAAUUUAUCUAAUAGCAAACAGAUAUCCUCAUUGUCUCCCUGUGAACCAGGAACCUCAGGCUUAAAUAACAGUUCCUCUUACCUGUCCAGCCAAAAGGAUUAUUCACAUUAUUUAAACAGUAGCUUAAAAGAUGAACGAAUGAGUCAAGGACCUAAAAAGUCUCAAGGAUUCCACUUUUCAAAUACAAACCCCACUGUACCUGUUUUUCAUUCAUUUCCAAAUUUGCAGAGUGAGCAACUUUUCUCCAAAAACCGCACUACAGAUAGCCAUAAGCACCCGACAGCUGCGGCGUCUCAUUAUGAAGGACUUGCAGAAAAUAGAGAGCAAGAUUCUACUGCUGAGAAAAUUACUUUUCCUUCUGAUGUUGAUCCUAAAGUUUUCUAUGAACUUCCAGAAGAGGUACAAAAAGAACUGUUGGCUGAUUGGAAGAGAACAGGAUCAGAUUUCCACGAUGUACAUAAAUAAGCAUGUUCAGAAAAAGUCUAAAAAACAAGGGGAAGAUCAUUGUUCUCAGAUUAGCAGUUUAUUAAGCUCGUCUAAAUGAAACACUAAUCGAUAUUUAAUAAUGUCACAAUCCAAUAUAAAAUGUUCUAAAGCAAGAAUAGUUAUGGGAAGUAAAUUCUGACACAAAAUAUAAAAAACUCAUAAUAGGAGAAAUAAUGUAAAACAUUACCUUAUUUCUAAAACUAUUUUAUAUUGCUUUUCAAUAAAAAUAUAUCUUAGCAUUAGUUCAUGUCCCAUAAAAUGAGGGGAAAGAUAUACUGUAUAUGCCUGCAUAUAAAAAAUAGACUGGCCAAAUCAUUGCUAUGCCAUAGCAAAUAACUUUUUCUAUGAAAUGUGGAAUAUUUCAAGAAAUUUAGCCCAUUAAGAAACAGCCAAGCCCGGCUGGUGUUGCUCAGUGGUUGAGCAUCAACCUAUUAACCAGGAGGUCAUGGUUUGAUUCCCAGUCAGGGCACAUGCCCAGGUUGCCAGCUCGAUCCCCAGUAGGGGGCAUGCAAGAGGCAGCAGAUCAGUGAUUCUCACUCAUCAUUGAUGUUUCUAUUUCUCCCUCUCCCUUCCUCUCUGAUAUGAAUAAAAAUAUAUAUUUUUUAAAAAUUAACCAAAUAAAUUCUGCCAACUCACCUGUUAAAAAUGUAGAUAUCUUUGAAGUACUAUGUACCAUUUAUUAAGUUAAUUUUUUUAAAUAGGAAAGUGAUACAAAUUCAAUUAAUGCCUCUUAUUACACCUGGAACCUACCACAAUGCCUGACACACAGAGGGCAUUCAAUGACUAUUGAAUAAAGGGGUGAGGAGUGGGCAGGCAAGUGACUAUACAAGUAGAGAACUAGAAGGAACUUUCCAUGCAGAAAGAUGAAAAGAAGGACAGACACUAGAAGUGCAAGGUAGAGUGGGUCUAUAAGGGUGCUAGGUAGUGAAAGAGGUCCAUUUCCUCUGACCAGUCUGUAGGGUCUACAAGCAGUGAUUAUGUUUUUGCAUCUCUACAUUUUGUAGAUGAGACUAAGAAUGUCAUAUCCACAACAAAUAUACAGUCACUAAAGUGA